AUGGAAAAGCGUCCCCACCCAAAAGAUGUUUCUAGUGCCCAGCCUGUUGAAGUCGUCGUAAAGAAAGACAAUACCAAGUACAUUACCGAGUUAGACGAGACGAAAACACGUGUUGUUGAUCGCUAUCGAAUAGGAAAACAAAUGGGGAAGGGCGGAUUUGCUACUGUGUAUGAACUGACAAGUGUUCAAAGCGGAAAGAGGUAUGCUGGCAAGAUAGUUGAUAAAUCGGGUUUAUCAAGCCCCAAUAAGUUAGAAAAGGCAACGAGAUUAAGAUUCACCAGUCAUUAA